AUGAAUUUGUGCCGUAAAUUGUGUGGAGUCCCGUUGUCAGGCAUCACCAAUCUAUCAAUCAACCAUCAUUUGCUCAACUGUCAACUGAUCAACUUUGCCUCUCCGCAUCGCUACGUCAGAUCUUUGAAUCGGCACAGAGGUGUAAAAAGAGAAGAUGAAUUUUCCGGCUUAUCAGAGGAAGAUAGAUCCAACUUGUUGGAAACAGCCGAGAACUUUGAGGCAAUGCACUCCUUGAUCUCUAAAAGCAAACAGUCUCCAAACUUAUCUCAUGAAAUUGCAAGGAAUGGGAAACAAUUCAACCAAUGGUUGACGGGAAAAAUAAUAGAGAGAAAGUAUUUCAAGAAGGAACAAGAAUUAAACUUGUUAACUUACGAUGCCAAGGAACAAAUCAGAUACCUACACGCUGAAGACCCAAUGGAAUGGACUCCAGAGGCCCUAUCUAAAAGUUUUCCCGUCUCUGUUGAUGGUGUGAAAAAGUUAUUGAAAUCAAAAUGUAAACUGAGAAGCAUUGACGAGGUGGUGAAACACGACAAGAGGGUUGUCAAACAUUGGCAGCUGUUGAGGAGUGGGCAGAAAAAUGAAAUCGUCUCUAGAUAUUUAACAUACAUGGAGAGUAAAAGUGAAAACGAAUUAGGAGGCUUGAAUAAGUAUCUACCCAUCCCUAAAAAACUUACCAAGGAUAUUGUAUUUGAAAAAACUAAUAAUGAGAAAAAUGAUAACAAAAUGCAAGGAAAAUUUGAAUCUAUGGUCACUUUGCACUUGCAGUUGAAGAGUAAAAGUAUAAACGGUAAUAACAAUAACAGCAACAGUAAUGUGAACCGUGAGAAGGCUCGACUGCAAAUUACAAGUAACUCAAAUGAACGCAACAAAAUAAAAUAA